AUGAACUCCAUUCUCCACACGUGUACUCAUUCUAAUGAUGACACCCUUAGUCGGAUGACGGAUGACCAAAUGUACGCCGCUAUCUUCUCGUAUAUUGAGCAUCUUUUCGAAAUCAUAAAACCAAAAGGUGUGUUCUAUAUGGCAAUUGAUGGAGUGGCUCCCCGUGCCAAGAUGAACCAGCAACGUGCCAGAAGAUUUAGGACCGCGUACGAAGCAGAAGAAAAUUUGAAAAAGGCUAUUCUGCAAGGGUUGGAAAUUCCCAAAGACGACCCAUUUGAUUCCAAUGCUAUCACCCCAGGUACGGAAUUUAUGGCCAAAUUGACCGAGAACUUGAAAUAUUUCAUCCACAAAAAGAUUUCCACCGACUCUCGAUGGGCCGAAACCGUGAUUAUCUUGAGUGGACAUGAAGUUCCAGGAGAAGGAGAACACAAAAUUAUGAACUAUAUUAGAACAAUGAAGUCUCAGCCCAAUUACAACUCCAACUCACGUCAUUGUAUUUACGGCUUAGACGCCGAUUUGAUCAUGUUGGGGUUGGUGAGCCAUGAUCCUCAUUUCUGUUUGUUGAGAGAAGAAGUCACCUUUGGCCCUCGGUCAGGAAACAAAUCCAACGAUCUUCACGACCAAAAGUUUUUCUUGUUGCAUAUUUCAUUGCUUCGAGAAUACAUUUCACUCGAAUUCCAGGACAUGGAUAACGAUGUUUCAUUCGAGUUUGACUUUGAACGAGUAUUGGAUGAUCUCAUAUUGAUCAUGUACGUCAUUGGAAAUGAUUUCCUACCCAGUCUUCCCGAUUUGUAUAUCAACAAGGGUGCUUUUCCUCUUCUUUUGGAAACUUUCAAACAGGCUUUGGCGGAGUCGGAUGGUUACAUUAACGAGAACGGUACGAUAAAUUUGAAGCGUUUGGCAAUUUGGCUUCGUCACUUGUCCGAGUUCGAGUUGGAAAACUUUGAAAAGCUGAAUGUAGAUGUUGAUUGGUUCAAUCAACGUCUCGAAGAUAUUUCAAUUACUGGUGGAAAACGAAGAGAGAGAAUGGGCAAGUUGUUGAUCUUGAAAGACCAAAAGAAAUUGGUAGGAAUGAUCAAACCCUGGCUCAUGGAAUAUUCAACGAUGAAGGUUGCUGACCUUGUUCAAUUGGAAGGUGAAGGAAAGCUCCCUCUGUUGUCUCUUCCUGCCGAAGAGGUCUCCAAGCAUUUGGACUUUAUCAAACAAUUUGCGCUUGAAGUUGGUCUUAUAAUUGUACAUUCGAGAUCUAAAGAUACUUAUGAGGCCAAAUUGGAUAUUGAUGGUAUGUCUCCUUAUGAAACAGAUGAGGAACAUGAGGAUAGAAUCAACGAGAUCAGAAAAUCCGUUAAAAAGUACCAAUCUGCUAACUUAUUCGAAACCGAAGAUUUAUUAAAGGAAUCCAGAGACAUUUACGAUGCCAAAUUUAUGAAGUGGAAAGAUCAGUACUAUCAAGAAAAGUUCAAGUUCUCGAUACAUGACAAAGAAGAGAUGGUCAAUCUUACUGAACAUUACAUUGAGGGUUUGCAGUGGGUUUUGUACUACUACUACCAAGGGUGUCCUUCUUGGAGUUGGUACUAUCGCUACCAUUAUGCUCCAAGAAUUUCAGACAUUUCCAUUGGUUUGGAAAACAUGCUUGAAAAUAACAAGAAAAUCACGUUCGAACUUGGAACUCCUUUCAAACCAUUUGAACAGUUAAUGGCUGUCUUGCCAGCAAGAUCUCGCAAGUUAAUGCCUCUCGAGUAUCGCCCAUUGAUGACCGAAUCUCAUUCGCCAAUCAUUGACUUUUAUCCAGACAAGGUUGAUAUCGAUAUGAAUGGUAAGACUGCAAGUUGGGAAGCUGUUGUCUUGUUGAGUUUUGUUGACGAAAAGAGACUUAUUGAAACUCUCAAGCCAAUUGAAGCUAAACUCACACCUGAAGAGACAAAAAGAAACUCUUUUGGAACUGACAUUGAGUUUAUUCACAACCCUCAGAUUAAUCAUGUAUACCCUUCGCCUUUGCCUACAUUCUUCUCCGACAUAGAGCACGAUAAGUGUUACGAAAAGGUAUUUGUUUUGCCAGAAAUCCAAAAGGUUGCAAUUGGUUUGGGUGAUGGGGCCUUGCUUGGUAAAAACUUACUUGCUGGUUUCCCAACUUUAAACACUGUCAAAUUUAAUGCAGAGCUUAAGCUCGCCGAAGUUCGAGUUUUCCAGGCACCUUCUAGAUCUGUGUCCAUGAUCUUGAGUAUACCCGAGCAAGAAGAAGGACUCACUACUUACCAAUUCAGUCAAAAAUUCGUGGGUCGUCUUGCCUACAGUAGAUGGCCCUUCUUGCGUGAGUCUAGAGUUGUGUCUGUGGUUGAUGAAGAAUUCAAAUAUGAAUCAGUCAAGAUCCUGACAUCUAAAAAGGUGGUUGCAACUCCAAACGAUCCGGAAGGAGUCAGAGAGUUCAAGACCACUUCCAGAAACUUGUAUGAAACAUACAAGAGGAAUAUGGGUGUUGAAUUGGGUAAAAUUGAUGCUAUUGUAUACGUGCAAGCAGUUUCUGGACUUAUUCGUAACGCCAAAGGAGCGUACGUGAAGACCUAUUCAAAGCACACUGAGGCAUAUCCUUUACAACUUAUCGUUGAAGAUGUUGUUCACAGAGAUGAAAGAUAUGCAACACGGCCACCUUUACCUAUCGAUGAAGAAUUUCCACUUGAUAGUGAGGUCGUGUUCUUGGGAGCAUUUGCUUAUGGAUCUCCUGCUACUGUUGCCGGCUUUGGUGAUACCAACGAUAAAAUCAACGUUAAGGUAUCCAAGAUUCAAACAGCCGCAGAACCCAACAUCGGACAAAGAAGAGCAGAAAUUGAGAAUAGAGAAAUCAGAUACAUGCCUUCUUUUGAAGUUGCCAAGCGUUUGAAGUUGAACCCAUUGUUCUUGUCCAAGCUUACUUCAGGAUUGAUGUUGGAUGAUGGCGGCAAGAGAGUCAAUGUUGGUCUUGAGUUGAAGUUUGAAGCUAGGCGCCAGAAGGUAUUAGGCUUUACGAAGAAGAGUGCUAAAUUUUGGGAAUUUUCUCCUCUUGCUGUGAAGUUGAUAGACGAUUACAGGGCCACCUUCCCCAAAUUUUUCAGCAAAUUGGCGCAGUCUGACCUCAAAUCCAUGCCCAAGACGCUGACGAUAACCAAUCCUGAUGAGCUAGCUGCGGUCAGGAAAUGGUUGAAGCAAGUUAAGCUGGAUUUGAUUACCGUAUCGUUGGAAUCGGAGUCUCUCACCAAAUUUUCUUUCGCUGCUAUCGAAGACUACAUGGAGAACUAUGUUUCACAAGAUAUUCCUUUGACAAAGAAAGAUAUUAAAGGUGUUCCUCGGGAAGCAGUUUUCAACCCUGGUCAAUCUUACCAAGUGUUGAGCACGCAAAGGUUCCUGCUUGGUGAUCGUGUGGUUUACGUUCAAGAUUCUGGUAAGGUGCCAUAUCUCUCGAAGGGAACCGUGGCCACCAUCACCACCGUUGGACCUAAAGUAUCAUUGGGAGUAGUGUUUGACGAAGUGUUGCUUAGUGGUAACAACAUGAAUGGAAAAUUGAGAACCAAUCGUGGUUUGAUUGUGGAUUCGUCAUUGGUGUUGAACAUAACCGACAAGCAGCUUGUUUAUCACAGCAAUGCGUCGAAGAACCGCAAAUCUGCUCCACGCAAGGUUGCGAAUGCUAAUGGACCAAAACCACUGACUCAAGGUUCUCGUGUGCCUACUGGCCAAAAUGUUGCCAAGGGACAAACCGAGCAGAAUGGGUCUGAAGCGGACACCAAACCAAAGCAAGCAAAUGAAUUACUCCAGCUUUUGCACGGUAAAAAAGUGGACAAGAGUCCUGACAAUAUGGAUGAGGAUUCUGGUUCACAUUCCAACAAUGCCAUCAGGCAAAUUUACGGACAAAUUUACUCGAAUGUGAUGAAUGAAGGAGCAGCACCAGUACCUCCUAUGGCACAACAGCAGCAAUCAUUUGUGCCAGUUGUUCCUGGUGUUCCACUUCCACCACAAUACUUUCAGCAACCACCACCUCAAGGUCAAGGUCAAGGUCAAGGCCAAAACAAUGGAAGAGGUGGAUACCAGAACGGUAGAGGAGGCAGCCGUGGAAGAGGUGGCCGUGGCAGGGGCCGUGGCAGAGGCCGUGGACGUGGAGGACAAUAA